AAGCAUCAUGCCCUGAUAUCAGUGACAACUGGAAAAAUAGCCGUUUCAGAAGAAGAGAAAACAAGGUAAUAUAGUGCAAAAACGGUGCAGGUAAUUGCCGUUUUAUGUACUUUUCACUCACAAAUCAUGCAUUCAUUGAAACUUUAAAAACCCUGCCGGAAAACCCUAACGAAACAAAUUAUCCCUGCGAAUCAAACCAUUCCACAGAAGAAAGAUGAAAUUUCGGUUUUCCCAAAAAGUCCCUAUCAUCCCUCAUAAUUUACGCUUGAACCACCACCAGUAUCACCAACGCCAACUCUUCAUUUCAUUUCUUAAAAAGGUUCAAACAGCGUCUCAAGCGCGCGCUUCUUUCAAUGGAAGCGGUAGCAGCAACAACUCCCAAGGUAGCCAUUUGCUGUUGCCAGGUGCAACUGUGGCUACGAUACUCAUGCUUGGUGCUCUACACGCUCGUCGGCUCUACGAAGACAAAAAGACAGAGGAGGCUCGGGAGAAAGGAAUUGAAAUAGAGUUUCAGCCUGACUUUAAAGCUACAUUUUUAAGGAUGCUACCUUUACGCUCCAUUUCCAGAUUUUGGGGUACCUUGACAAAUGUGGAACUUCCUCCCUGGGUGCGUCCGUAUGUCUACAGAUCUUGGGCUCGAGCGUUCCAUUCAAACUUAGAAGAAGCAGCUCUCCCUCUCGACAGAUAUGCUUCUUUAAGAGAAUUUUUUGUUCGUGGGUUGAAAGAAGGUUCCAGGCCUAUAGACCCUGAUCCACAUUGUCUGGUUAGUCCUGUAGAUGGCACUAUUUUAAGAUUUGGGGAGUUGAAAGGAUCAGGAGCUAUGAUAGAGCAAGUCAAAGGCCAUUCUUAUUCUGUUUCUACUCUUCUUGGUGCUAGUUCCUUCCUUCCUAUGAUAGCUGAAGGGGACAUUUGUGAGGAGAGAAGUGAACAACAAAGCAAUCUUGAAGAGAACAACAAGAAGUCAUGGUGGAGAAUUUCAUUGGCUUUUCCUAAAGUCAGGGAAAAUGUGCCUGCAUGUCCUACAAAGGGUCUUUACUACUGCGUAAUAUACUUGAGGCCUGGAGACUAUCAUCGCAUACACUCACCAGUUCAAUGGAAUGUUCUUGUCCGCCGGCAUUUUGCAGGGCAUCUGUUUCCUAUGAAUGAGCGUGCUACAAGAACAAUCAGAAAUCUUUAUACAGAAAAUGAAAGGGUUGUGCUGGAGGGUUUGUGGCAAGAAGGAUUCAUGGCCAUUGCUGCAAUAGGUGCUACAAAUAUUGGGUCAAUUGAGCUCUUCAUCGAACCAGAACUUCGGACAAAUCUGCCAAGAAAAAAGUUAUUGAAUACUGAGCCCCCAGAAGAACGGGUGUACGACCCUGAAGGCAUUGGUAAAGUACUGAAGAAAGGGGAUGAGGUGGCUGCUUUCAAUAUGGGAUCAACAGUAGUGCUCGUCUUCCAGGCUCCCACAUUAAAGCCAGUGAAGGACGGGGUCCCAUCCUCAGACUUCAGGUUCAAUAUCAGACGUGGGGAUAGAGUUCGUGUUGGAGAAGCAUUGGGGAGGUGGCAUGAUUUGUAGAAGGAUGUCCUGUGUGGUACAUUGCCAAUUGUGAGCCUUGUAUAAUACUUUGAGCAAAUAUAGUUUGAAAGACCAGUCACUGAUGCUAUAGUAAGAUUUUGUACCGAUACUAUUUAGCAACCUGUCUUGGAUUGAUUUUUACUCCUUUUUGGGGGCGAUCAACAGAGUGCAAAUCAAAAUUUGAUUCUUGAGCACCCUGGGUUCUUUUUACAUGAUGUGACAUAAAUUCAUUGGUCAAUGUGUAAUUGGAGCACCUUUAUAAUUCUUAUGAUGUUAUAUUUGGUUUUUCUUUUGUA